AUGACCUACCAGAUUAGUGAGCAAGACAUGAAGACACUCGCCGAUCAGAUGAAAUCAUUAGAAGCUGAUUUGGGUGCAACAAUCAAAAUUGUUACGAAUUUACUUAAUUCAUCUAAAGAAAAAGCAUCCAAAAAGAAUACAUCUAAAGAAAAAACAUCCAAAAAGAAUACAUCUAAAGAACAAACAUCCCAAACGAAUACACCUAAUAAACCUCCAAAAAAUAAAGGUAAAAAAGCUAAAAAUCCCCCAGAGCCAAAACCAAUCAAAAUGGAACCAAAAAGUUAUAAUUUUGACUUUGAUUUUCUUCAAAAAAACUACAUAGACAAAACUAAGCUUGAAGAAUUUAAAGUUGGAGAUAGCGCAACAGUACAAAUAUUUAAAGACAAAGAUCCAAUUUCUGUAGACUUCGUUGAUGCCGAAAAUUUCAGAAAAUUAUCCGCAGGUACUCUCUCUACAAACGAACUUGUGUUUUUAGAUUAUGUGAAAGAGGCUGACAAAACCAAAAAGAUUAUUAUAGUAAUGAAUUUAACAAAGUGCUUUUUUGUUUUGGAUACAAAGGAAAAUCUUAUCACUCUCCUUUCGGAGUUUAAUGAAAUGGCCGUCGUACAUGAACAUAAGAAUAGAUUUAUAGAUAUGGACCAUCAAUUAGAAUCAAAAAUUGUUGAUAUUCAACUCGUACUGAAAUUAGCACGCGGAAAUGACUCAAGAAUAGAAUCCCUUGCUGAAGAAUUUAAAGAUUCGAUAUUCUCAACAAACAUGCGUUAUAGGACAGAAAGUAAAAAAAUUGAUCGGAACAUUAUAACAAAAUAUUCGAUGAUAUAUUUUGUUUAUCUUGGAUCACUCUUCUUAAAUAUGAAGAAGGUUCCUCCACUUGAUGUUUCCAAAGGAGGUGUCAUAAUAGAUCCAUGCCAUUUUUGUAAAUUCUCAGUUGAAGGAACUGGAAUAGUCGGUGAAUGGCCUGAUGAUUAUAGUAAGCCAUUAAAUAAACUUACUGAUCCUCUAACAAAGUCCACAUUCGAUAUCAUGUAUUUACAGGAUGAAGAUGAUUUAGAAAUGAUCUCUAAAAUUCCAAUAGAUUUUAUUUCCGAUAUUACCAUUAGAGAUAAAAUCAAAGCUUUGGUAAUAAAAACUAAAAGUGAAGGUUCGACAACGUUGAUUGUCUACCAAGUACAAGACGAACAUAUUCCGCAAAUCAUAAUAGAAAUGAUCAAAUCAAAUACCAAAAUUGUUUCAAAACGGUGCUUAGAUAUCUUUCGGAAUUCAGGAGAAUCCUCAAAAAAAAACUCUGUUCUACUUGCCACAUCUAGUCCUCAAGAAGUUUACGAAAAAAUUUUCCCAGAUUUCAGGAAUUUCAAUUGGGAUGACGAAUUCACAUCAUCACAGAUUGUUUUCUGUUCUUACGUUACAUUCCAAUCUUCUAUACACGAACUCGUCAAAGUUGAUUUAGCUGAAAAACAAUAUAUAGCCAUGAAUGAUGUCAUUGAUUUCUAA